AUGCUCUUGUCACAGACUAACACGUGCACUUUCUCACACUUUCUCUCGAUCUCACACAUCCGCGCAUCUAACACUCAUCUCACGACGCUGCCUGUUCGCUUAAAGUGAGGCUAUGGGGUCUCAGUACUUCCCAGCACGAUCCACACUCUUCCAGAAGGAGCCGAGUGGAGUCACGUACCGUGUGCCGGCUUUGGUCUACGUUCCUCGAUCCAGCUGUUUCUUGGCCUUCUGUGAGGAGAGACUGACUCCGGCUGACGCUCAAGCACAUCUGCUGGUCAUGCGCAAAGGCACCUUUUACAAAAACUAUGUGGAAUGGAAAGACAUGGAGGUGUUAAGUAGCGCUCGACUGGAGGGCUACCGCUCAAUGAACCCUUGCCCCGUUUACGAUGAGUUUACGGGCACCAUCUUCUUGUUCUUCAUUGCUGUUCUGGGUCACACCUCUGAGUCUUACCAGUUAAUUACAGGGAAGAACGUGACCCGUCUGUGCUACGUGUCUAGCAGUGACCAAGGGGACACCUGGAGCUCCGUCACAGACCUCACCAGGACGCUCUUAGGGGACACCAUUAAAGAGUGGGCCACUUUUGCUGUGGGUCCAGGUCACGGCACACAAUUAAAAUCUGGAAGGCUGAUAAUCCCAGCCUAUGCCUACCAUAUCGACUGCAGAAAUUGCUUCGGACGGAAGUGCAAGACUUCGUCACACUCGUUUUGUUUUUAUAGUGACACGCAUGGAAAUGUGUGGCAUUUUGGAGAGGCGCUGUCCGCGCCAGAGAGCGUGGAGUGUCAGAUGGUGUCGGUAGAUGAGGAAGACGGACUCAACAUUUUGUACUGCAAUGCCCGGAGUGUAUCAGGGUCUCGGGUGCAGGCCGUUAGUUUUGAUAAUGGAGCCGUUUUUCGCAACGGCCAGCUGGUGCAGAAACUAGUGGAGCAGAACAAUGGGUGUCAUGGCAGUGUGAUUGGAUUUCCAGCCCCAGUCUACCAGCUCGGGCAAUCCCAACACUGUGUGAGACAGUUGAGGUCCAUCUACAGCCCACCAGCUCUCAGCAUAUCCCCGGCUCUGAGCACUUCACAGAACUUCCUCCCGCCAACAUGGGUGGUUUAUUCUCACCCCACACACCCGAACGCCCGCCGAGACCUGGGAGUCUACCUCAGUCUUCUGCCACGAGACCCAGACAGCUGGUCAGGACCGUGGAUCAUAUACGAUGGCCCUAGUGCAUACUCAGACUUGGCUUAUGUUGAGCUGAUGUCUGGUGAUGCCCCGGCGGUUGCCGUCUUUGCCUGCCUGUUUGAGAGCGGCACAUGGACGGCUUAUGAUGAGAUUUCCUUCUGCAUCUUCACACUGUAUGAGCUAAUCGACCACCUUCCACACAACGACCAACAAAGAAGAGGGUUUAAGAAGAGGGACAGGAUCUGGGAGCGCUGCUUUGUCUGCUGAUUCCAUGCGUGUAACAGUAAAAUCCUGAAGAAUUGAAAAGAUGGCUCCCUUUCAAAUUAUGGGUGUGAAUUUGAAUCUAUCUAUCUA